UAAGAGGCUGGGAGGUGUGGGCCCCGCCUCCUCCUCGCUCCUUGCAGAUCCUGCGCGGGUGGAGAAGCGCACAGCUGACAUUGUCCUCUAAGCUCGACUGUUCCAGCCAUCUCGAGAGCUUUCUCUGCCCUGUGCACAAUGGCAACUCUUAAGGAUAAACUCAUUGCACCAGUUGCAGAAGAAGAGGCAACGGUCCCCAACAAUAAGAUCACUGUAGUGGGUGUUGGACAAGUUGGUAUGGCGUGUGCGAUCAGCAUUCUGGGAAAGUCUCUGGCUGAUGAACUUGCCCUGGUGGAUGUUUUGGAAGAUAAGCUCAAAGGAGAAAUGAUGGAUCUGCAGCACGGAAGCUUAUUUCUUCAGACGCCUAAAAUUGUGGCAGAUAAAGAUUACUCUGUGACUGCCAAUUCCAAGAUUGUGGUCGUGACUGCUGGAGUCCGUCAACAGGAGGGGGAGAGUCGUCUCAACCUGGUGCAAAGAAACGUUAAUGUCUUCAAAUUCAUUAUUCCCCAGAUCGUCAAGUAUAGCCCCGACUGCAUCAUAAUUGUGGUUUCCAACCCAGUGGACAUUCUCACUUAUGUUACCUGGAAACUAAGUGGCUUGCCCAAGCACCGUGUGAUCGGAAGUGGGUGUAAUUUGGAUUCUGCCAGAUUUCGCUAUCUCAUGGCUGAAAAACUUGGCGUUCAUCCCACCAGCUGCCAUGGAUGGAUUUUGGGAGAACAUGGCGAUUCAAGUGUGGCCGUGUGGAGUGGCGUGAAUGUGGCAGGUGUUUCUCUCCAGGAACUGAAUCCAGAAAUGGGGACAGACAAUGACAGCGAAAAUUGGAAGGAAGUGCAUAAGAUGGUUGUUGAAAGUGCCUAUGAAGUCAUCAAGCUAAAAGGAUAUACCAACUGGGCGAUUGGAUUAAGUGUGGCUGAUCUCAUUGAAUCCAUGUUGAAAAACCUGUCCAGGAUUCAUCCAGUGUCAACCAUGGUGAAGGGGAUGUAUGGCAUCGAGAAUGAAGUCUUCCUGAGCCUUCCGUGUAUCCUCAAUGCUCGGGGAUUGACCAGUGUUAUCAACCAGAAGCUGAAGGACGACGAGGUUGCUCAGCUCAAGAAGAGUGCAGAUACUCUGUGGGACAUCCAGAAGGACCUGAAAGACCUGUGACUACUGAGGUCUAGGCUGUAGAAAUUCUAUCACUACAAUGUGAUUAACCAUGAGCCUUUAGUUUUCAUCCAAGUAUGUGGAUCACAGUUUGCUUUUACCUUAAUAUGUGAAUGUGGGCCCACAGAAUCAAAGUCCAUGCUUGGUUUAAUGCUUGCAAUAUGAGCCCUUGAACAAAUAAAAUUAACUCUCGUAGUGUGCUUCU